AUGGUUAAGUGUUGUUUUGUACCAGAGUGUACUACUGGUAACUACAGGUAUAACAAACAACAAAAAACAAGUGGGUUAAGAAAUAGAAGUUUAUUUAAACCACCUCAAAAUCCAAGUCUUUUUGAAAAAUGGUUUGAAGCUAUACCCCGAAAAGAUAAAGUUCUCUCAGAAAGUUCUCAUGUAUGUGAAUUGCAUUUCAAAGAGAAUGAUAUUAUACGAUAUGACGAGACUAUUUUAUUCGAUGGAACAGUCGAUGUAGUAAAAAGAAUCAGAGCUAUGUUAAGAAAAGGCGCAGUUCCAUGUAUAUUUCCUAACCUUCCAUAUAGUUUGACAGAACAUAACAAUGAGACUAAUAACAGAGAACCUCCUGCAGAACGGUUUUUAUACAAUAAAAAAAAAAAAUCUAAACUGAUUCCGGCACGUUCUGAUACGAGUGAAAUGCAAUGCUCUGAAAAUAUCGAGGAAAAUAUCAACCAACAAUUUUCUUUUCAGUAUUUAAAAGAAAACCUUAAUAAAUUAGAAAAACCUGAUAGUAAAUGGAUGUUUGAAUUAAAAGAUGAUGAAGUAGAACUUGUGAGAUGGAAUCGUCAAUGUUCAAAAAGAAUAACAAUUUCAAAUGACUUAAAAAUAAAAAUUUUUUUUAGUGGUAUUGAAAUUUUAUUUGAGCACAUUAUUAAUACGAUUUUAUUGAGCAUGGAUGAAACAAAUAAGUUAUUGAACUAUAUACAUUCUUUAAUAGAAUGUAAAGGAAUAAUGACAGCAGAAAAUAACAUUACCAGACGGUCUAUUACAUGCAAGGGUUAUGUUGAAAUACGUCUAGGGCAACGUGGACCCAAGAGUAAUUAUUGUUUUGACUGCAGGAUAGCUCGAAGAAGUAUGGCUAAUUGUUUGAGAAGAAAAGUAUUGAAACUUGAAAAUAAGAUUCAAGAAAAAUAG